AUGGCAGAGCCGAAACCGAGAGUGGGCGGGGCUUCGCAGGGGGCAGCAGGGUCCGCGGGGACGCCGCGGGGUCCUAGCGCCCGCCCGCCUCCCUCCCGGGAUGUGCCGGGCCGCGGCCCGGCGGCGGGCGGCCCCGUGGGGCCCGGCGGGGCGGGCGGCGCUGCUGGCGGCGCUGCUGGGCGGCCUGGCCGUGCUGGCGGCGCUGCCCUUCGUCAGGAGGAGCUGUACCGGCCUCAGCGUGGCCCCCGGGGGCUCCGGUUGCUGCCCCGCACGGCUGAGGCGGCUCCCGAAGUGAAAUUCGAAGCCAAAGCGGCUUUGAAGCAAGCCCUGGAGAUGAAGCGCCAAGGAAAGCGCGAAAAAGCUCACAAACUCUUCGUCUACGCCCUCAAAAUGCACCCCGAUUACGUGGACGCCCUGAACGAAUUCGGGAUCUUUUCGGAAGAGGAAAAGGACAUCCUGCAGGCCGACUACCUCUACUCCAAAGCGCUCACCAUUUCGCCCUGCAACGAGAAGGCUCUGAUCAACAGGGACCGGACGCUGCCUUUGGUGGAAGAAAUCGACCAGAGGUAUUUCAGCAUCAUCGACAGCAAGGUGAAAAAGGUGAUGGCCAUCCCAAAAGGCAACUCGGCCCUGCGGCGGGUGAUGGAGGAGUCCUACUACCACCACAUCUACCACACGGUGGCCAUCGAAGGGAACACGCUGACGCUGUCGGAGAUCCGGCACAUCAUCGAGACGCGCUACGCCGUCCCCGGGAAGAGCCUGGUGGAGCAGAACGAGGUGAUCGGGAUGCACGCGGCCCUCAAGUACGUCAACACCACGCUGGCCUCGCGGAUCGGCUCCGUCACCAUCGGGGACAUCCUGGAGAUCCACCGGCGGGUGCUGGGCUACGCCGACCCCGUGGAGGCGGGGAGGUUCAGGGCCACGCGGGUGUUUGUAGGGCACCACAUCCCGCCUCACCCCCAGGACGUGGGGAAGCAGAUGCAGGAGUUCGUGCAGUGGCUCAACUCGGAGGACGCCAUGGGGCUGCACCCCGUGGAAUUCGCCGCCUUGGCUCACUACAAGCUGGUUUACAUCCACCCCUUCGUGGACGGCAACGGGAGGACGUCCCGGUUGCUGAUGAACCUGAUCCUGAUGCAGGCGGGCUACCCGCCCAUCACCAUCCGCAAGGAGCAGCGGGCCGAGUACUACCACGUGCUGGAGGUGGCCAACGAGGGCGACGUCAGGCCUUUCAUCCGCUUCAUCGCCCAGUGCACCGAGACCACGCUGGACAUGCUGAUCAUCGCCACCACCGAGUACUCCGUGGGGCUGCCCGAAGCGGACGGCAGCACGGCGGGAUGCAGACAAACCAUCCCCGUCAAGACUUGAGGGCUGCGGGCGUGCAGGAGCCAGGGAAAAGUGGGGGAGAACAAAAAGUUCCCUGUUCUCGCUGGGAAGGAACUUGACAGGAGGGUGUCGCUCUUUAGCAUUUCAUUUAUUUAAAAGUCUCUUCUGUUUGAUUAAAUUAAUAUAAUUUAUUUAUGUACCAGGAUGCCAGGCUGAAAUGUGAACUGUUGACGCUGACUGUAGGCUCUAACCUGUGUGUGCUGCAGGAUGGAGGUGGGAGAGGGAUCGCGGGCUCGACGAACUGAAGUAGGAAUAAUUCAUUUCUCCUUAAAAUGAAGCUUGGAGGAGCUGCUUCCAGCGCAGCCCUUCACCUCGUCACUCAACAGCCUCGUCUUACCUUGGCAAGGAGCUGCUAGGCCAGCCAAAGCCUUAACUGAGUUGCUGCUCUCACAUUUCCCCCUCCCUGUUGUUCAAAAAAACACCACCAAACCCUUGCAGUAAUAGCACACUCCCAGCUACGCCAAUCAGAUUUUCCUUUUCACUCCCACAGCGGUGUUCUCUUCUUGUUUCAGACAGAACAGAUGAGGAAGGAGGCUCGCUGCAGCUCAGCGAUGGCAUUUCUGCCCUCCUCUUUCUGUUCUCAGCAGCACUUUGCAUAUUUAUUUUCAGUUGCCUUUCCUAGGGCGAGUUGCGUGCAGCAAGGGGCGAGUGAUUUGUCUGUGAUGCCAGAGCAGGUGACUGGAAAGAGACAAGAAACGCUGACUUACUUCACUGAACUGCAGGCUGCUUUUGCUGUGAUUUCAACAGAAGUAUUAGUUUGUGCCCAGAGGCCCUGCCUCAGAUCUCACGUCAUCAAGCAGGUUCUCUGGGAAACUGCAGCUGUCUCCGUGUGUUUCUGCUCAGGGUUUGGGAAGAGCUUGUUCCUGCAAGGCUGCGGGCAGAAAAGGUUGUUACGCAGAACCCUAAGGCUGCCUUCAUCAGUUGUGCCAUUUUGGUAAGAAUUCAUUCAGCGAGAACUUGAGUUUCCUUAACCUACACCAAGAACUUCUCACUAUAGCUUUAUUAAUUACCAGGUCGUGUUAUUACCGUGGUAAAUGUGUAAAGAAUCACAAGGCCUCUCCAUACUGCAGUGGCAGUGUGUUGUACCUGAAUUGCCAUCCAAUUUGAAGUGUACCUUAUCUUCUGCAGCUUAACAGGCAGAGGAGUAGCUGCCUACACCACUGCUGGUUGCAUAGCAGCCAAAUUCCUUAAAUCUUAGAUCCCCAAACCUCCCAGUUCAGAAAAUGUGGAUCAGAAAAUGUGGAAGCAAUCCCAAUGAGUACUGUAAAGCUUAAUCCCUUUGUAAAACAGUGUGGGUUGUUGUAUUGUCCCAAGGCCUAUUUAAGUCUCAUCCCUCUCUCUCUUACCUGCGAUGUAGUUAUGAUGUUUUAUACAAAAAACAGGCAAUAGAACAAGUUUGGGAGUUAUCCAUGUACUUUAGCACCAGCCCGUGCUUAUGUACUGAUUACUGCUGCCAGGAAAAGCAACCAAUAAGGGAGGAAGGUUGUUCUGUUUUUACAAAAACAUGCUUAUUUUUGUAGUGCGAGGUGAGUAUAAAGAUAUUCUGCACUUUAGAGCUCUGGGAAAAAAAAUGUUAUUUUAGUAACAGAUUAAUAAAGUAUUUUAAUAUUAAA